AUGGCGGGCUAUGAAGAGCGGGUGGCGCCGCGGCACCCACCUGCAUUUGCAGCGCACCUAGCGGCAGCCGCCGACACUUAUUGCAUGCGGUGCCACAAUGGAGGCCGCGUUCGGCACACUAGCCAGUCUAUUCUUGGCACUAUAGUCAAGGUGCAUGAAAAUAGGGUGGUAUAUUUCGCCUGCGCAAUUGUGCUUCUCCCCUUGGCCGUGGUCACCAGCGCCCUGUCUUGGUACUUCUACUUCUUCCCCAUUCAUCGCACGCCAUAUGACAUUGCGUUCAAGAAGUGGGCCGCCGUCUGCGACGCGCCACACUGUGCAGAAGCCGCCAGAGAGAUGUUCGACAUGGACGGCGCCAUUGGGGACGCCGCCGUGGCCGCGUUGCUGUGCAUGGGCGUCACCGCACCGCAUCUCACCGGCAUCGGCGGUGGUCUGAUGGCCGUAUUUUAUAACAAUUCUACGAUGAAAGUUGAAGCCUUGGACGCCCUGGGAGUGUCCCCGAGAAGCGUCACACCGGAUAUGUUCUCAGCCAAUGCGUCUGCCUUGAAACUCGGUGCCAGCGCGGCGAUCGUGCCGGGAGCGCUGGCAGGAAUGAAGGCUCUGCACACCAAGGUAGGGAAGCUUCCCUGGGAGGACGUCUUCCAGCCAGCCAUCCGCCUGGCCAGGGAGGGUUUCACCAUCGGAUCGCACCUAGCCGACGCCCUUGCGAACAACGAGAAUGUACUGAACGUGUCGCCUGCCCUCAGGAAGCGGUUCUCCAACAGUGAGACCGGCGCCCUGCUGCGCAGCGGAGAGAAGCUCGUCCAGACGCGACUUGCCGAGCUGCUGACGAAGCUGUCCGAAAAGGGGCCGGAGUACCUGUACAAACAGGAACUCGCCGAUGAGAUCGACACGAACAUCAAGAAUGCAGGCGGGUCACUCACCAAAAGCGACCUGUCGGAAUACCAACCCGUCUGGCAGAAUCCACUCUCUUCCAAGAUGGGGUCUCACUGGCACAUCCACUCGGCUCCCAUUCCAGGCGCCGGCGUUGUUCUAGCAAUCGUCGCGCACUCGAUAAACAUGAAAUUCGCGGAGGCCCUGAAAUUUGCCUUAGCUAAGAGGCCGGAGCUUGGUGACACUAAGGAAAUGAAAGAGAGGCAGGUCGACAUGGUGAAAGAAGGAAUUAGAUUCGCACAGGAAUAUUACGACGAGGAGAAGCCCCUGACAUCGGCAAACGAUUACGGCAUCAAGUACGCCCCCCACGAGGACUUGGGAGGCGCGCAGCUGACAAUUGUGGCACCCACAGGCGACGCUGUGUCUGUCACGUCCGGACUAAACGGAAUGUUCGGGAGCGGCUUCCAGACCACCUCCGGACUGCUCCUCAAUAAUUACAUGAACGCUUUCGCUAAGUCUGGAAAGCAGUUCAACCUGGACCCAUCGCCAGCGAACCAGUUGGGCCCCGGCAAGCGACCCAUGACGUCUAUGGUACCCACCAUAAUCACCAAGUCCGCCACACCUUCCGCGCUCGUGGGUGCUUUCGGCGGCAGCGGAGGCCUCCCGGCCAUCUCGGCAGUUGCGAAGCUUAUCAGCUGCCUUGAAGAGUACUCGCUGAUUCGCUGUGUGUGGAACGACACACGCUUGCAGCCCACAUUUCGAUCAACUACGCCCAACUCGGUGUUCGCUGAACACAAGACGGAGGACUUCGACCCGGCAUCCCUGCUUCGCAGUCUGGGCAACAAUGUCACAGAGAAGACCAUCCUGGCUGCAGCCACGGGCAUCAUCCUCGCGAAGAGUGACUUGCUCUUCGCACCGAACGACACGAAGCGCGUGGAUGGUGGCCGAUCGGGCGAAUGA